ACCCCGAGCCCCCGCCGCUCCCGGAGCCCGCCGCCCAGCCCGCGGGAGGCCAUGGAGCGGCGCGGCCCCGUCCACGCGCUGCCCGAGGAGAUCCGCAAGAUGCCCCGGGACCAGACAGUGUGCAAAUACUGCGGAGUCAGCUACCUGACACUCCACGAGUUCAAGGUGAUGGAGGACAAAGUGAAAGCAAUGGAGAAGGAGAUUAAGGUUUAUAAGGGCAGCCUAGAACGGGAGCAGAGGCUCCAGGCAGAGUUGAAGGCUCUUCACCACGACCUGGAGCGCUGCCGGGCUGAGAGCGAGUCCAAGACGGAAAGGAUAAAAACCCUGACAGUGGAGCUGAAAACCAAGCAGGAGGAGAUGAAAACUGUGAAAGCUGAUUUGCAGUAUUUCCAGGAGGAGAAGGAAGCUGCCUACAAGCAGUCACAGGUGCUCAGAACUACCUUGGAGCACCAUUGCUCCACGCUGAGCAAGGCUGUCUCACUGUUCCCUUUCAUUAGGAGUGAAUUGGACAGUAUUAAAGAGGUCAUCUCCACCAACAUGGAGAGCUUUGCUGCCAUGAAGGAGGAAAUUUUUCGGCAAAUAAAAGCCAUGAGCAAAGAGGCUCUGACAGAAAUACCCAAAUUGAACCAAAAAUUGGCAAAAUCCCAGCGGGAGAACGAGUGCCUGCAGGAGAAGGUGAAGCACCUCACGGAGGUGGCCGACACAGUUGAGCUGAAAACUCAGCAGCUCCAAACUUCCCUCCAGCAGGGCAACGAGCUCCAGAGCCGCUGCCGUGAGCUGCAGAAGGAAACUCUGGAUUUAACAAAUCAGGUGGAGACAGCUGGCCUGCAGCUGCAGAAGGUGACAGCAGAGAUGGAGCACUACAAGAAGCUGUUGCUGGUGAAGUCAACAGAACUUGAUGUCUGUCAAAAUGAACUGAAAAAGAUCAAAUAUGAGAAUGGAAUUGCUGAGUCGAGACUUACAAAAGAGCUGAAGGAGAAGGAGGAAUCCCUUCUCGUUUGCCAACAAGUCUGCAAACAUUUGCAGGAGGAGGUGGCUGAGAAAGAGAGGAGAGAAGAAGAUCUGAAAAGAAGAACUGGGAGAUCAGAGAGUGAGCUGGAAACCCUGAAAGCUCUGCUGGGCCAAACUGAGCAGGAGGUGCUGAUGCUGAAACAGGAAAGGGAGCUGCUGAAGAGCAGGACGGAGCAGCUGCAGGAGACACUGAGGCAGAAGGUGCAGAGUGAGGACUCCUGGAGGGACAAGCUGGAGAUGGACCUGGCCAAGGGGGAGGCUCGGCACAAAGAAGCAAUUCUGAAAGUCAGGGAAGAGGCCAGAGUGGAGCUGGAGCUGGAGAGGCAAAAACAGCAGGAGCUGAUCACAAAGUACCAGAGAGAACACGAGGAGCUCCAGCAGAAGAUCCCAGGUUUAAUAUCCAGUGCCACCAAGAGCUUGAGGAUGGAGAUGGAAAUUCUGGAGAAGAAGCUCCAAGAUGCCCAAAUGAAAGUGGCAGAGAAGGAUGGAGACAAGGAAAAAGAAAUCCAGAGCCUUAAAAGGCUCAUCAGUGAGCUUGAGUUCCAGCUGACCAUGGAAAAGAGCAACAAUGAAUCAUUCCUGGACAAACUGAGGAAAGAAAUUAAGCACAAGUCAGAUGAACUGGAAAAAUUAACCCAGGAGAAGACACAGCUGAUUCACAGUUUGAGUCAAGUUCAGGAGGAGAACUCGGUGCUGCAGGACACGGUGCGCCGCGAGUGCGAGGAGCGCUUCGAGCUGACGGCGGCGCUGGGCCGGGCCCGGGAGCAGGUGCUGGAGCUGCGGCGGCUGAGCGGGGCCCUGCCGGGCUCGCCGCGCUCGCUGCCCGCCGGCGAUCUGCGCCUCGCGGGCACCCUGGGCACGGCCCGCGCUGCCCGCGGCCCCGGCUCGGGCCGGCACGGCGGCAGCAGCGCCGCCUCCCUGGAGCCCCCCAAGGCAAGGGCGGCCCCGCCGAGCGAGCCCCGCGGCCGCGGCCCCGCCGCGAUGAGGCACCGGCCGAGCCAGCUCUGA